AUGGGGAUGCUCGCCGCCACCGCAGCCUCCUCUCCUCGCCUCGCCACAGGAGUCCUCGUCCGCCGCCCGCCUCUCCGGCGCGUGGACGCUUCACGCCGAGGCCCGCUGCCUCCUCGGCGUCGCGUCGCUCAGGAUUCUGCAGCAUCUUCAAAAAUGGAAGACUUUUACGAGCUGGAGUUGAAUAUUAAAGGUUUAAAUAAUUUAGAAGAAAGUCUGAAUGACUACUUUAGUGAAGAAGCACUGGAUGGGGAAAACCAAUACUUUUGUGAGUCAUGUCAGAGAAGGGUAGAUGCCACUCGCUGCAUAAAACUUCGAUCACUUCCUCCGGUUGUCAACUUUCAGCUGAAGCGUUAUGUAUUCCUCCCGAAGGGUACUGAUGCUAAUAGCGGACACUAUGUGGCACACAUAAAAGAUGAAAGCAAUGGGCAGUGGUGGGAGUUUGAUGAUGAGACUGUAUCCAAACUUGGUUUGCACCCGUUUGGCAAAAAACCUGGAAAGGCGUCAAAUAAAGUUGAUCAUAAGGCCCAAGGUAUCUCCACAGCAGGUUCUCUCACAGAUAAUAAUAACAAUGGUCACCAGGAGGCAGCGCCCACUUCUACCAAGGUGGAGAUGUUUUCAUCUACAGAUGCUUUUAUGCUGAUGUACAAAUGUACCACUAAGGAUGACAAUGCCACAGAAAACAAUAAAAUUGUGGAAAUAAAUAAUGAUUCACUUCCACAGCAUCUUCUUGAUGAAAUUAAUGAACUAAAUGCAUCAUAUGUGAAAUCGUGUGAGGAAUACCAAAGCAAGAAGGACAGUCAUUUGACAUAUGUAAACGAGAGGCGUCAAGAAGUAAAAUCUGUUCUGACAGAAGCACCUGCUGAUCCAGAGGAUGAUUCAUACUUUUGGAUCUCAACAGACUGGCUUCGUCAAUGGGCAGAUAACAUUACUCCCCCCUCGCCUCCACAAGACGGGCUCGCCAAGCGCCAUCACGCCGUCAUGCGCUCCCUCCCGCACAUGCUCGCAUGGAGAGGUCCGAGGCUGCCCACACUUCAUCAUUUAUGUGCUGUUGGAGCACUACCAGUGGAGACUGGACGAGGCCAUCGUGGAAGUCGCUGGGUCCGAGGACAGCGGCACGACUCAAGAAAGGAGACGGGCGUGCGAUGGGGAAUAAAGGAGGAAGAACCUGACCUAUGGGCCCCCACGUCAUUGAUAGGCAGUGAGAAGAAGAUAGAGGGGGCAUUCUGUUCCAUUGACAAUGGUCCAAUUCAAUGCGAACAUGGAAAGGUUCCAGCAUCUGAAGUCACAUCAAUGAAGCGACUAUCAUCUGUAGCUUGGGAAAAACUAUAUUCGAAGUAUGGAGGGGGACCGACAUUGAGCAGUGAUGAUUUUUGUAUGGAGUGUCUUAAAGAUGGGGCGAAAAAUGCAGUAUCUGCUGAUGUCUACCGUGAACGAAAAGCAUCAUUAAAAAACCUUGCAGAAGCAGCACUUUCUGGUAAUUGUCCAGAUGGUCCUUACUUUUAUCUCAAGACAUGGUUGACUCAUUGGCUGCGGAGGAAAAAUUCUGAUAUCCCUUCGGAUGCGGAGAAUGGACCAACAAGUGUUUUAAGAUGUUGCCAUGGGGAUCUUCUGCCGGAGCAUGCUCCAGGAGCAAAGCGAGUAUCCGUACCAGAGAACCUCUGGUUAUUUCUCUAUGAAACAAUGAACGAGAAAAAGGCUGAUGAUAUUGUGACUUCUCCAUCAGAUUGUCAACCAUGUGAAAUUUGCAGUCAGGAAUUGUCUGAUGUUGCUUCUGUGGAGGGUAAUCUUAGGUAA